AUGUUUUCAACUAAUUCACAAAGUUCACUAUCAACAAAAAAAUCAACAUUUGAUAUUGCAAUUAAUACACCUUUAUCAAAUAGAACAAGUAAUCAACAACGAGUUCAUGUUGAAUUUCCAAAAUUAUUUCAUAAUGUAUUUAGUCGUUCAAGAAAACAUAAGAUUUUACAACCAGGACAUGAACUUAUAACAUCAUCAAAAACAUUAAUAAAAUCAAGUGAAACGACUGAAACAUUAGCAAGUAUUAAAAAGAAUACACAUAAUGAUGAAAUAUGCUUAUUUUCUGAUAGUCCACAUUAUAUUGUUCGAAUUGCUGGAACUGGAAAUACAGAUGAAUUCGAACGUCUUAUUCGUGAUGAUUCAAGUAAAUUAAAAGUAGCCAAUCCAGCUGGUCUUUGCGCAGCUCAUAAUGCUGCUGCUCGAAAUCGAGUUGGAAUUUUAGCAUUAAUUUCACAAUAUAAUGAAGAUUUAAAUAUUCAAGACAAAGAUGGUUGGACACCAUUACAUCAUGCUGUACGAAAUAAUGCAUUGAAUGCCAUUGAAUUUCUUUUGGAUAAUGGAGUUGAUGAUGUUCGAUUAACUAAACAACAAGAAGCACCUAUUCAUCUAGCUAUUAUACAUAAUCAAUUAAAAGCUCUUGAAACAAAUCAUAAUGCUCGUCUUUGUCAACGAUGUAAUGCUGGCAGCUAUCCUAUUCAUAUAGCUGCAUUGAAUAGUAGUAAUCGAGUAUUUAGUCAUUUAUUUGCAGUUGCUAAAUCAUUGGGAUAUGAUACUGAACAUAUUUUAAAUUUUUGUGAUGCUGAAAAUCAUCGACCAUUACAUUCAUCUGUUAUUGGUAAUUGUUUUAUUAUUGAAAUAAAUUCUGUUUUAUUUUUCUGUUUCUAUAAAAAUCUAGGUGGAAAUAUUGAAGCAGUUGAAAUUUGUCUCAAAAAUGGAGGCAAAAUUGAUGAUCAACAAGAAGAUUUAUCAACACCUGUUCAUCUAGCAUCAUCUCAAGGUUCAAUUGAAAUUCUUAAAUUAAUGUUUAAUUGUCAAUCAGAACUUAAAUCAAGAGUCAUUCGUAUGACAGAUAUUCAAGGCAUGACACCAUUACAUAAGGCAGCCAUGGGUGAUCAUGUUGAUGUUAUUGAAUUUUUACUUGAAGAAGGAGCAGAUAUUGAUGUACGUGAUAUAUCUAAACGAACACCAUUAUUAAUUGCUGCUUUAAAAUCAUCAGUACAAGCUGUUUGUUAUCUUUUAUCUCAAAAUGCUUCAUUAAUUUGUCGUGAUGAUACUGAUAAAAAUUUACUUCAUUUUAUAAUCAUGCAAAAUCUACCAAUUGAAACAAUUGGUAAUAUUUUAUUUACUCGAGAAAAUUAUCGUACAUUAUUUGAUCAACGUGAUAAAGAUGGAUUUUAUCCCAUACAUUAUGCAUCACGUGAAGGACAAGUUAAUGUAUUAAAAACAUUAAUAAAACAUGGAGCAGAAAUAAAUAGAAAAACAAAUCAAAGACAAUCAUCAUUACAUUUUGCUGCUGAAUAUGGUCGAUAUAAUACAUGUCGUCAAUUAUUGGAUACACCUGGUUUUAAACGUAUUCUCAAUGAACCAGAUAAACUCGGUCAAACACCACUUCAUCUUUGUUGUCAAAAUGGUCAUACACGUGUUGUUCAAUUACUUUUGCAUAAAGGAGCUCAAUUUACAAAAACUUAUGAUGGAAAUACACCAUUACAUGAAGCAGCUGCUAAUGGACAUGUAUCAACAAUUGAUAGUAUUCUUCAAGGACAUGCUCAUUUAAUUAAUUCAAUUAAUCGUCUUGGAAUGACACCAUUACAUUUAGCUGCUGCAGCUGGUUAUGUUGAUUGUGUUGAUUUACUUCUUUCGAAAUCUGCAACAUUUUUGACAAAUACUGAUGGUGAAACAUUUUUUGAUUUAGCAAUUAUACAAAAACAAAAAGAUAUUUGUCUUACUAUUAUUGCUCAUGAUCGAUGGAAAGAAGCAUUAGAUUUAAAAAGUUUAAAAUAUCAAACACCAUUACUUGGUUUAAUUGAACAUUUACCAGAAUGUGUACCAGUUUUAUUUGAUCGAUGUAUAACUCAUAGUCAUAAUGAUAAGAAACAUGAAGAUUUUCAUCUUACCUAUGAUUUUCAUUACAUUAAUUGGAUGGAUACGAAACAGAUCGAUGGAAAAGUAUAUCGUUAUCCGAUGCUUCCACUAAAUGUAAGCAGCAAGUAUUCUUAG